CAACAGUAGUCUCCCCAAUUUGCAGACUUCCCACAAAACCUCCAAACCAACAAAUCGCUAAAAACGACGCCGUAUCGGAAUCUCGUCCAUGGAUUCCGAUUGCAGCACCAUUCCUUCUCUCCUCUCCUCCUUCGUCGACACCUUCGUCGAUUUCUCCGUCAGCGGCGGUCUUUUCUUACCGCCCGAACCGGAUUCAAUUAAGAACCCGACCGGUUCAUUGCAGACAUUUUUCCCUCAGCCGAGCCGCCUAAUCGCCAUCGGUGACCUCCACGGCGACCUUCCCAAGGCCAAGCAGGCCUUGAGGCUCGCCGGUCUGGUCGGCCCCGACGACCGCUGGUCCGGCGGCUCCGCCACCGUCGUCCAGGUCGGCGAUAUAUUCGACCGCGGCGGCGACGAGAUAAAGCUGCUGUAUUUCUUCGAGAAGCUGAAGCGGGAGGCUGCCGGAGCCGGCGGUCUCGUCAUCACCAUGAACGGCAACCACGAAAUCAUGAACGUGGAAGGGGAUUUCAGAUUCGCCGCUCGCGAGGGUUUCGAAGAAUUCGAAAAUUGGGCAAAUUUUCAGCGCGUGGGAAACUCCAUGAAGAAGCUGUGCGACGGCAUUGAUCAGAACUCCGUUAGCGAUUUCCUCGAAGGAGUCCCCGAUCAAUUACCGAGAAUCAAACCCGAGCUUCUCAACGGCGCUAGGGCACGCAUCGCCGCCCUUCGCCCCAACGGAUUGAUAUCGAGUCGAUUCUUAUCAAAGAAUCAAACAGUUGUGGUAGUGGGCGACUCCGUUUUCGCACACGGCGGAUUAUUACAAAACCACGUGAAUUACGGAUUGGACCUUAUCAACGAAGAAGUCCGCGAUUGGAUACUCGGAUUGAAGAAGAACGUAUCGAACAGUUUGGUUAGAGGGAGGGACUCCAUUGUUUGGCUGAGGAGCUUCUCGAACGAACUCGCACAAGACUGCGAUUGUUCGAUGCUCGAGCAUGUGCUAGAGACUAUUCCCGGUGUGAAAAGAAUGAUCAUGGGGCACACGAUUCAGAGGAAUGGUAUCAAUACUGUUUGUGGGAAUCGAGCUGUGAGGAUCGAUGUGGGAAUGUCGAGAUUGUGCGGGGGUCGAUUUCCGGAGGUUUUGGAGAUUGGUGAAAAUUCGGAGCUCAAAGUUUUGACUUCGAAUCCUUUGUAUUAUAAAGGUUAUGAAGACUCCGUGGAAGCUGAUAAGAAAGAAGGCCUUGGUUUGUUGAUCCCCGAACAAAGGGCAAGGCAAAUUGAGGUGAAUGCUUGAGUAUUUAUUCGUGUAGUUUGGAGAAAUACGAAAGGUUUGUUUUUCGUAAUUGAAAUGAAUAUUCGAAGUGUAUAAGAAUUCUUGGUCUCGUGCUUGCGAAAAUUGUUAUGAGGGAUAUAUUUAUGUCACUCGGUAAUAUGAACUUGAGGCAUUAUUCUCAAUUGUUGAACUGAUCUGCCAUUUCUUAUUAUUGUUUUGUGCUCUCAAAUACUU